CUUGUUCUCUUUAGACCUUUCUCUGACUAUGUGAAAUGAAAUUAACAAGUUGCUUAGAGAGACAGAGAGACAUACAGAGAGAUUUUGAGAGAUGAAAAGCACAAAGCUAAUACUCCUCCAUUCCACAAUCCAAAAGCAAUCAUCUUCAAACACCAAUCGCUUGUGGCUCAUCUUCAUCAUCGCCUUCUGCACCACCGCCUUCACUCUAACCAUAAUCACCACCACCACCACCACCACCACCACCACAACCAUCCCCACCGCCACAACCACAGCCACGGGCUCUACUGCCUCUUCAUUCCAGCUUCCACUGUCCAUAUACGAUGCCCUCCUCCACUACGCCGCCUCUACCAACCCAACCCACAUGACGUCCUCUGAGCUCGCCACCAUAACCACCGCAGUUGCCCACUGUGCCGCUGUUGCCUCCCACUGCAAUCUCCUCGUUUUCGGCCUCACCCACGAGGCCCUCUUGUACAAAGCCCUAAACUUCGACGGUCGCACCGUCUUUCUCGAAGAGAACGAGAACCUUGUCUCAAGGUUCGAGCAGCGACACCCGGGAAUCGAGGCCUAUGACGUGCAGUACGAGACAAGGGUCGGCGAAAUGAAAAGGCUGCUUGAGUCGGCCAGAGGCGAGUUCCGCAACGAGUGCCGGCCAGUGCAGAGCCUGCUCUUCUCGGAAUGCAAGCUCGCGUUGACCAGCUUGCCCAACCACGUGUACGAAUUGAGCUGGGACGUGAUACUGAUCCAGGGUCCGAGUGGGUAUCAUGAGGCGGCGCCGGGGAGGAUGUCAGCGAUAUUCACGGCGGCGGUGCUGGCAAGGAGCAAGAAGGGCGGCUCUGCGGAGACGCACGUAUUCGUGCUUGACUUCGACAGGGAGGUGGAGAGAGUUUACAGCGACGAGUUCUUGUGCAGGCACAAUUUGGUGGAGGUUAUUGAUAAGCUUGGGCAUUUUGCUGUGGAGAGAGUGAGCGAUGGGAGAUCAAUGACUGAGUUCUGUAGGGUUUCGGCUUCGGCCAAUUCAUCUUCGUCGUCAACAUCAAUGGCGUAAUUGAGGGAUAACUGAGGAAUUCACAGGGUGUUGAAGACGAAGAUGAUGAUUGAGCUGAGUUUUGUAGAUGCCCAAUACUGAUCAUAAGAAUUAAUAAAUAGACAUAAUAAUCUUGUGCUUAAUUUCAAUGUAAGCUUGCUUUGGAGAUCUAUACAUCCUAGUUUUAAUUCU